GGACGCUGGGUGCAGAAGGGACUCGGCCCAGCCGCCCGAGGCGCCGCGCUCCGUCUGCUCCGGGCAGGGCUAUUCAGGCGCCAUGACGCAGCAGCCCCAGGAGGACUUCGACAGGAGUGUGGAGGAUGCCCAGGCAUGGAUGAAGGCGGUACAGGAGCAGCUUCAGGUCAAUGACAACACGAAGGGGCCCCGAGCGGCCCUGGAGGCGAGGCUGCGAGAGACAGAGAAAAUCUGUCAGCUGGAGCCUGAGGGAUGCAUGAAGGUCGAACUGGUCCUGCGGGCAGCUGAGGCCCUCUUGGCAACUUGCCAGGAGGGCCAGAAACCUGAGAUCCUGGCCCGGCUGAGGGAUAUCAAGUCUCAGUGGGAGGAGACGGUCACCUACAUGACUCACUGCCACAGUCGCAUCGAGUGGGUGUGGCUGCACUGGAGCGAGUACCUGCUGGCCCAGGACGAGUUUUACCGCUGGUUCCAGAAGAUGGUGGUCACGCUGGAGCCCCCCGUGGAGCUGCAGCUGGGCCUGAAGGAGAAGCAGUGGCAGCUGAGCCACGCCCAGGUGCUGCUGCACAAUGUGGACAAUCAGGCUGUGCUCCUGGACAGGCUGCUGGAGGAGGCGGGCUCCCUGUUCAGCAGGAUCGGGGACCCCAGCGUGGAUGAAGAGGCCCAGAAGAGGAUGAAGGCAGAGUACGAUGCCGUGAAGGCCAGAGCCCAGCACAGGGUGGAGCUCCUGGCCCAGGUGGCCCAGGACCAUGAGCAGUACCGGGAGGACGUGAGCGAGUUCCAGCUGUGGCUGAAGGCGUUGGUGGAGAAGGUGCACAGCUGCCUGGGGCGGAACUGCAAACUGGCCACCGAGCCUCGCCUCUCUGUGCUGCAGGACAUCGCCAAGGAGUUCCCUAGGGGUGAGGAGUCUUUGAACAGAUUGGAGGAGCAGGCUGUGGGUGUCAUUCGGAACACCUCUCCUUUGGGUGCAGAGAGGAUCUCAGGGGAGCUGGAGGAGAUGCGGAUGGUCCUGGAGAAGCUGAGAGUCCUCUGGAAAGAGGAGGAAGGAAGGCUGCGGGGCCUGCUCCAGUCCAAGGGCGCCUGUGAGCAGCAGAUCCAGCAGCUGGAGGUGGAACUGGGAGAGUUCAAGAAAGUUCUUCAGAGGCUGGCCCAGCAAGGCUUGGAGCCCAUGGUGAAGACGGCCACAGAGGAUGAGCUAGUGGCCCACUGGAGGCUGUUCUCAGGGACUCGGGCUGCACUGGCUUCAGAGGAACCCCGUGUAGACCGGUUACAAACUCAACUAAAGGAACUUGUCAUCUUCCCGGACCUGCAGUCACUCUCUGAUAGCGUGGUGGCUGCCAUUCAGGAAUACCAAAGUAUGAAGGGUAAGAAUGCCAGGCUCCACAAUGCGACCAGGACGGAGCUAUGGCAGCGUUUCCAGCGGUCCCUCAAUGACCUGCAGCUAUGGAAGGCGCUGGCCCAGAGGCUCCUGGACAUCACCACCAGCCUGCCGGACCUGGCCUCCAUUCACACCUUUCUACCCCAGAUUGAGGCAGCCCUAACAGAAAGCUCCCGCCUGAAAGAGCAGCUGUCAAUGCUGCAGCUGAAGACAGACCUGCUGGGCAGCAUCUUUGGCCAGGAGAGAGCAGCCACCCUCCUGGAGCAGGUGACAGGCUCUGUGAGGGACAGAGACCUACUGCAUAACAGCCUUCUUCAGCGGAAGAGCAAACUUCAGAGCCUGCUUGUUCAGCACAAGGACUUUGGGGUAGCUUUUGAUCCUCUGCACAGGAAGCUCCUAGACCUCCAAGCCAGGAUCCAAGCAGAGAAAGGGCUUCAGCGGGACCUUCCUGGAAAGCAGGUCCAGCUCCUAAGGUUGCAGGGGCUGCAGGAGGAGGGGCUGGAUCUGGGGACACAGAUCGAGGCUGUGAGGUCUCUUGCCCAGGGGAACUCUAAGUACCAGCACAAGGUAGACCAGAUCUCCUCUGACCAGCAAGCCCUGCAGAGGUCCCUGGAGGACCUUGUGGACAGGUGCCAGCAGAGUGUACAGGAACACUGUACCUUCAGUCACAGGCUGUUGGAGCUCCAGCUGUGGAUCACCACGGCCACACAGACCUUGGAGUCACACCAAGGGGAUAGGCGUCUGUGGGAUGCAGAGUCCCAAGAGGCUGGGCUCGAGAGGCUGCUGUCUGAAAUCCCAGAGAAAGAGGUCCAGCUCUCCCUGCUCCAAGCACUGGGCCAGCUUGUGAUGAAGAAGUCUUCCCCAGAAGGGGCAGCCAUGGUCCAGGAGGAGCUGAGGAAGCUGAUGGAGUCUUGGCAGGCCUUUCGACUGCUAGAAGAGAGCAUGCUGAGUCUCAUGAGGAACGAGCAGCUGCAGAGGACGGAGGUGGACACGGGGAAGAAGCAGGUUUUCACCAACAACAUCCCAAAGGCUGGCUUUCUCAUCAACCCUCAGGAUCCCAUUCCCAGGAGACGGCAUGGGGUGAACCCACCAGAAGAACACGACCUCCAUGAAGACCAUCCCCAGCUCCUGAGGGAGUUUGAACAGUGGCUGCAGGCAGAAAACUCCAAGCUACUUAGAAUCAGCACAAUGAGAACAGCCACAGCCAAGGACUUGAGGACCAGAGAGCUGAAGCUGCAGGAGCUGGAGGCUCGGAUCCCAGAAGGACAGAUCCUCUUUGAGAACCUGCUUCGUCACAGACCAGCAAGGGACCCCUCCAAUGAGCUGGAAGAUCUGCGAUACCGGUGGAUGCUCUACAAGUCCAAGCUCAAGGGCUCCGGCGACCUGCUGACGGAGAGUUCUCCAGGGGAGCUGACUGCAUUCCAGAAGAGUCGGCAGCAGAAGCGGUGGCGGAGUCCCUGCUCUCUCCUACAGAAAGCAUGCCGCGUGGCACUGCCGUUGCAGCUUCUGCUCCUGCUCUUUCUGCUGCUGCUGUUCCUGUUGCCAGCAGGCCAGGAGGAGCGCAGCUGCGCCCUGGCCAACAACUUCGCUCGCUCUUUUGCGCUCAUGCUGCGGUACAACGGCCCUCCGCCCACCUAGCCCACCGGUGGGCGCACAGGUGACCUUCUGCAGUCCCUCUGAAGCUGGCUGCUGGGGGCACGAUAGCCAUUCAGACACCCAGAGCAGCCUUAGACCAAAUGUUGUAUCUGUUCCCAGAACAAACUUGCCUUUUCUACGAUGCUGCUUCUGUCUAUUUAUACUAAAUGUGCACUGUGUGUGGUUAGGGAAUAUGUACAGAAUUUUUAUAUGCCAUGUAACUUCAGCUGCAAUGUCUCUUUGUGCCUAGGGAAGCCCCUGGCAGUGUGUUUCUCUAGUAGGAUUUGUGGCACUUGUGCCUUAGCGUCCUGUCAUCCCUGGGGGACAGGAAAAAUCACAGGUUACAUCGAUGACAUCUGACCCCCAGAAAUCCAGAUGUUGCUGGAGAGCCUCUGACUGCUUACCAUAGCUGAACGGAAUUAGAGUCCUGGGACUUAUGUAUGUGGCUGUUUUUAAAGCCACACUGCUAAAUAGAGAAGCCAUGAUGGCCUACUCUGGCUCAGCCAGAGCCGUGACACGUGUAAGAGGGAUACCGAGAGAGCAACAGAAGAACUGUAAAGAUGGGAUCCAACUGACCUCCACAAAACGAUGGUGCCUAGUGCCCAACCCCUGCACAGCAGCCACUGACAACACAGACCAGCGAGGAAUGCCUGUGACCAGGACCAGGACCCCGUGUCUUCAGGAAGCAGCUGGGUUCGAUUUGUGUGUUUUCUCCAGGAGAAAGAAAACGAUGAACUUGAUUUUUUAUUCUGAUGCACAAGGGUGAAGCACUUUGCAGUGGCCUGUGAUAUCGUAGCUGUGAGCUGUCUACAGCCCAGGGCAUGAGCCCAGAGCAGAGUAGAAAUAGUUCCCCACCAAGCCAGGCAUCAUCCACCCAAAGCAGAGAGGAGAGACUCAGGCCACCGAAGGGGACUCUCUUCCCUUCCUGUAGAUCCUCGCAGGCUGGUGGAUCUACAAGGCUGGGCAGGUCCCGCCUUCCUCGAUGGGCCCAGGACUCACAGUCUGACUCCAGGCAGGAACGGGCAUGGGGAGCCCCAGGCACGGGUGGAAGAUUUCCAGUUAUGCCCAAGGCUGGAAACAUAACUAGGGAAUUCUGGGAUGAUUCCUAAGUGCUUUAAAACUGGAUCAGGUUCACCCUGAACUGACACAUUUUUUUAAACCUCUAGAAAA